UUUCUCUCUCUAACCUAAACCAAUUUCCCCUAAUUUUAUUAAAUUAGGGUUUAUCCUCUCUCCCAAUCUAGGGUUUACGACAUUGAACUUCUGCUGCAAUGGGAGUUCCAGCGUUUUACCGGUGGUUAGCAGAGAAAUAUCCGUUAAUUGUUGUGGAUGUAAUCGAGGAAGAAGAAGUUGAAAUCGAUGGAAUUAAGAUUCCAGUUGAUACCAGUAAACCUAAUCCUAAUCUCGAGUAUGAUAAUCUUUAUCUUGAUAUGAAUGGAAUCAUUCAUCCCUGCUUUCAUCCUGAGGAUCGGCCUUCUCCAGCAACAUUUGAGGAGGUGUUUCAAAAUAUGUUCAACUACAUUGAUAGGCUUUUUAACAUGGUUCGUCCUAGAAAGCUGCUAUACAUGGCGAUUGAUGGUGUUGCUCCUAGAGCCAAGAUGAAUCAGCAGCGUUCAAGGCGUUUCAGGGCUGCUAAAGAUGCAGCCGAAGCUGCUGCUGAAGAAGAACGUUUACGGCAAGAAUUCGAACAAGAGGGAAGAAAGCUUCCUCCAAAAGAGGAGUCACAAACCUUCGAUACAAAUAUUAUUACUCCUGGAACAGAGUUUAUGGCUGUAUUGUCUAUUGCAUUACAAUAUUAUGUUCACCUGAGAAUAAAUAAUGAUCCAGGGUGGAAAUCUGUCAAGGUUAUAUUAUCUGAUGCAAAUGUUCCUGGGGAAGGGGAGCACAAAAUUAUGUCAUACAUACGCCUUCAAAGGAAUCUUCCUGGUUAUGAUCCAAAUACACGCCAUUGUCUAUAUGGAUUGGAUGCAGAUUUGAUCAUGUUGGCACUGGCGACCCAUGAAGUUCAUUUUUCGAUUUUAAGAGAGGUUGUAUUUGUUGCCGGGCAGCAAGAUAAGUGCUUCCUAUGUGGUCAGGUUGGCCAUUUAGCAGCAAAUUGCGAAGGCAAGGCAAAGAGGAAGGCUGGUGAAUUUGAUGAGAAAGGUGGUGAUGAUGCUGUUUCCAAAAAACCUUUUCAGUUCCUGAAUGUGUGGACUCUCAGGGAGUAUCUGGAGCAUGAGAUGAGGAUUCCCAAUCCUCCUUGUAAGAUUGAUUUUGAGCGCAUUGUAGAUGACUUCAUCUUCAUCUGCUUUUUUGUUGGCAAUGACUUUUUACCUCACAUGCCCACCCUGGAAAUCCGUGAGGGUGCAAUAAACUUGCUGGUGGCUGUGUAUAAGAAGGAAUUUAGUGCAAUUGGCGGGUAUCUGACCAAUGGAAGCAAGCCUGACUUAAGUAAAGUUGAGCAAUUCAUUCAAGCUAUUGGAUCAUAUGAAGAUCAGAUCUUUCAGAAGAGGGCUCGGUUGCACCAGCGUCAAGCAGAGAGGAUAAAAAGAGACAAAGCUAAUGCCAAAAGAGGAGAUGAUAUGCAACCACAAGUUGUGCCUGAGUCCUUAGUCCCCGUGUCACGAUUUCACGGUUCUCGCCUUGCUUCAGCUCCAUCACCUUCCCCCUUUCAAAAGGGACUAGGCGGGAGUUCAGAAAGUAAGCCUCAGAAAAUGGCACGUACUUCUGGAGCAACAAUUGGCGCUGCUAUUGUUCAGGCUGAAAAUAGUCUUGAAAUGGAAGCUCAUGAAAAUAAAGAAGAUUUGAAAGCAAAGCUUAAAGAGUCCAUUCGUGAGAAGUCCGAUUGUUUUAACUCAGAUGUCCGGGAGGAAGAUAAGAUCAAAUUAGGAGAGCCUGGAUGGAAGGAAAGGUACUAUGAAGAAAAGUUCUGUGCAAAAUCUUUAGAGGAAAUGGAAAGCAUUCGUAAGGAUGUUGUCUUGAAGUACACAGAAGGCUUGUGCUGGGUCAUGCAUUAUUAUUAUGAAGGAGUCUGCUCAUGGGAGUGGUUCUAUCCAUAUCAUUAUGCUCCCUUUGCUUCUGAUAUUAAGGAUGUUGCACACCUAGAUAUCAGUUUUGAGCUUGGUUCUCCCUUCAAGCCAUUUGAUCAGCUUAUGGGAGUCUUCCCUGCUGCAAGUUCCCAUGCACUUCCUGAGACUUAUAGGAAGUUGAUGAGCGAUCCUAACUCCCCAAUUAUUGAUUUCUACCCAACAGAUUUUGAAGUGGACAUGAAUGGGAAGCGUUUUGCUUGGCAGGGCAUUGCUAAAUUGCCUUUUAUUGAUCAAUCCCGCCUUCUUACCGAAAUUGCAAAAGUUGAACAUACUUUAACGGCAGAAGAAAAGAGAAGGAACAGUAUCUUGUCGGACAUGCUGUUUGUUUCUGUGUCGCAUCCAUUGUCCCCUUAUAUAUUUUCACUUGAUGAUCGCUGUAAGCAAAUGAAAGAGGGAGAAAGAGUACUAGUCAAAGAAAAAAUCGACCCUAAGGCCAGGGCUACUUGCAGUGGGGGGAUGAAUGGUUACGUUUGCCUUUGUGCUGGAGACCCUUGCCCUCCUAUUUUCAGAUCCCCGGUUUCUGGAAUGGAAGACAUUGUAGACAAUCAAGUCAUUUGUGCAAUAUACAAACUCCCAGAGUAUCACAAACACAUAGCACGGCCACCACCAGGGGUGAAAUUUCCAACGAAGAUUGUCUCAAUGGGAGAUUUGAAAGAACCUGUCUUAUGGCAUGAGGAUAAUGGAAGAAGGCAUAUGGAUAAUGGAAGAAGGCAUAUGGAUAAUGGUAGAAGGCAUAUGGAUAAUGGAAGAAGGCAUAUGGAAAAUGUAGGGCGGCAUACGGACAGUCAAAGGUCAAACCCCCCUGGGAGCAUAUCUGGUCGUCAGCUCGGUGAGGCAGCUCAUCGUCUGGUGAUUAAUAGUUUAUCAGUGAGGGCAGAUCAGAGUGGAUAUGCCAGAGCUCCAGCUUAUGCAACUGCCUCUGCUGCAUAUGGACCUGUCAACCCACAUCCAGUUAACAGUUACUAUGGUCAGGAACACAGUGGGAUAAUACCACCUCUUAGAGCAGCCUAUCCGGGCCCUGGACAUCAGCGACCUCCUGGUGUUGCACAAAUCCAUCACAGUCGGCCAUACAGUUCACCUGCUUCCCGCCCCCACCAUGGUGCAAGAGUUAAUCUUUCAGCUCCCGUUCAGGGAUAUUAUCCCCCUGGACCUCAUCAAAAUGGGUCUCAGUACUCUCCUGCUGGGCCUGCAGCUCCUGUUGUACCUGGAGCCUACCAUCACCAGAGUGGGCAAAGCUACGGUGUUGGUGGCUAUAAUCAGUGGGGUGGGCGCCCCCAGUCUCACAAUUCUGGUAGAGGGGGUGGUAGAGGAUAUGGUAAUAGUUCCCAACAAGGAGGAAACCGUUACUCUGCAUUCGAAAGAGGAUCAAGUCGUAGGCCACCAUCUAGUCGUGGCCGGUAGUAAAAUUACUAGAAUUUGAGCUAAAGAUGUCUGAGAUAGGUAGAGCUGUAAAAUAUGCAAUUUCGGAUUAUAGCAUUUUGUAGCGUUCUUUCAGCUUCAUAUUUGUGUAAUUUUUCCCCGUCUCAUUUUUUAGAGUUUAAAACAUAUAGGCGCUUUUCCUUUGUCAUAGUUGUAUUGUAUUUAUUGUUGUACAAUAUCAUCUGCCAAUCUUGGCCAUAAAAAAUUUAAGCAGAAGUAUUUUUUUUCAGGAAAGUACGACUGCAUAUGUUCUUUACAGAGUAACUCUUUUAUCUUAAUGUUGAUACGGGAACAAUUGUUAUUCA